CGUUUCCGAGCCAAACAUGUUCCGCCACUGCGGUACACAGUUGUUGGCACACUUCCGACUUGGUCGUCUGCACACGGACGAUGGAUUCCGACUACAGCAUGGACAGCCCGCGGUCGACGCUCGACGACGUGAACGGGGCGUACAACCUUCGGCGCCGCGGAUUGAUGGACGACCAUGCGUGGAAGAUGCAAGGCGCGUGGCACAAGCGCAUGUACUUUGGCGAGUGGGGCAUCCUUGUUGGCAUCCUGUUGGGGAUUGUCACGGCCAUUUGCGUCGACGCGAUCUCAACGGCAGCGCCGAAAGACUUUGACACACAAAGCGAAUCGCUUGCGUUGUGGCACGCCGAAUUGACCCGGAUGACGGACGUGGUCAAGUUGAGACACUUGCUCAACAAGUGGAUCGGCCUGCCUGGCGUGCUCUUCAUUCGAUCCCUCACUCUGUGGACGGUCCCGUAUGUCUUUACCUCGAUCGUGGUUGGCGUGGCCGAGCUCGUUCGGUUCACCAAAGCCAAGCACGUCGUGUGGCGGUUUAUCUCGCUCAGCCUCGUCACGACCGUGUCGGCCUCGCUGCUCGGCCUUCUACUCAUGCACAUCCCACCGACAAGUUGGGUCACUCCAAAGCAGUUGACGCAACUUCAGCCGCUUGGCACUCAAGCAGCGCCCGAAUGUCCUGUCGUGGGCUCCAGCAAGUACGUUCUCGCCAUCAACACGACGUCCCAAGCCAUUGCAUGCGUGAAGGAAUCGGCACUUUACCCCGUCACGGACGUGUACGAGUUUGCAAUGUUCUUGGACCCCAAAACCACGUCGGCAGUGAGCGGAUGGGAUUCAGUGUACAACAUGACGCUCGAGUUGGCCCCGGACAAUCUUGUGGCGCAGUUCAUGGACGAAAACAGGCUCAGUGGCGUUGUCGUCGUGGCUGUGCUCGUGGGGCUUCUUCUCGGCGCCAACCGAGUCGAGUACAUUGGCACGUUGCUGCAACUGGUCGCCGAAUUGCACGUGUAUUUCCGAUGCAUUCUCCGAUGGGUCGUCAACACUGUUCCAAUUGCCAUCAUGUUUUUGGUAGCGUCGUCGCUGAUUGUCCCGGACGCAUCGUUUCUCGACAUGGGAACGUUGUCCGUGCCGCCACUGAAACCCGCCAACGUGUCUGCAAGCGAGCGCGACGCGAGCCUUGUCUUGUACAAAUCCUUGGUCGACGUGCUCAAGAGUUCGACGCACACGGUGUUUUCCAACGCGUCGGACGACCUCAAGCUGCUGGCAGUGCUGGCGUCCGUGUUUGUUUGUGGGGCGAUUGUCCACUGCUUGGUCGUGCUGCCAGUCGUGGCGUUUAUUGCAACGUCCCGCCGCAACCCAUUUGUGUUUAUGAACGGCCUUCGCUCCGCCAUGGCAUUCGGGUUUGGGUCGUCGUCCUCGAUUGCAUCGUUGCAAGCGCUCGCUCAGUGCAUCGAUUCGACGCGGCUCGUGUCGAGACAGAUCACGGACGCCUUGCUUCCGAUCGCGACGACCAUGCAUUCGGACGGUGCAGCGUUCUACUUGAGCGCGUGCACUGUGUUUCUCCUACGUGCCCAGGAGAGUACGAUCGAUGUCACCAUGUCCGUCGAAGUGUUUUUCCUCUCCAUCCUGCAAUCGUGGACGUGCCCCCCCGUGCCUGGCGGGGGCACGAUGGCCUUGACUGCGAUGUGGGUCAUUCUCAAGGGCCGUGCCCCCACGUACUUCUUCUGGGUGCUAGCUCUCGAUGCAUUGUUGGAUCGGUUGGCCACCGUCAUCAGCAUGCUCUCGAAUGCAAUCAUUACGUGGGUGAUCGCCGAGCAAAUUGACGAAACCUACAUCGACGAAAAAGAUCGAGACCUAGCGACGCGCCACCGGACCCACGACGAAUCCGCGACCCAUGGAGAAAGGCAAAAGGACAGCGGUCAUGAGUGAAUCCCCGUGACGGCGAGUAGGUUCGUGGCGGCGAGAGAUAAAGCUCCUCGCACAUGGUAAUGCAUGGAAUCAAGCACUCGAAUCGAGUGUUGGCAGA